GAAUUACUAAUUUGACCCAAAUUGAGCAGUUAAUUGCUAGAUUAGCUCCUAAAAUUUGAGGGUCAGUUGGGUUAGUUUCAUACCAAAAAUACCCUUUUUUGCUUUGUUAGGAAAAAAACAAAAGUCAAUAUUACCCUUUGUAAAAAAUUCCUGCAAUUUCGUUUUUUUUUCUUUUUUUAAUAAAAGUCUGCCAUACAUGUAAUGGCAGACUAAUUUGCAAGUGGCAGAUUUAUUGUUGAUGGCAGUUUUUUUUUUGUAGACUUAUUUUAGAUGGCAGAUUAAUUUGCAGAAUUUGACGGCAGAUUUGUUUUAUAUGGCAGAUUUAUUUGAAGUGUGUAACGACAGAUUUUUCAUGGACAGCAGAUUUUCUUAACACGACAGACUUAUAUAUAAAGUUAUGACAGAUUUUCAUUGUUUUAGUCAAAUUUCUAGAAAUUUUGUGGCAGAUUUUUUAUGAUUGUUGCAACAGUUUUAUUUUUCCACUUAAAAAAUCUGUCACAUUACGACAGAUUUAUAUACGUAAAAAUAAUUGCUAGUUUGACAUCUAGUGGAGGCAGAUUUUUUUUUAGUUAUGACUGACUUUUGGAUUGAAGGGAAAAUCUGUUGUUUGAUAACACAUUUUCGAAAGUCUUUUUAAAAUUGUUAUAUUGACCCACAUGCACAAUAUAUGUUGUGGCAGAUUUUCUUAUGUUAUGACAGUUUUUUUUUUCUUACUAAAAAAUCUGCUGCUUAAUAACAGAUUUAUUAUAUAUGAAUACAAUGAUAACAGUUUUGUUUUUUGUUGAUAUAGUGACAGCAGAUUUGUUAUCUGUAAUGACAAAUCUAUUAUUUCGCAUUUGAUAACAGAUUUUUUAUAACAGAUUUUUUACAGAGUAAUGACAGAUUUAUUAGUGCCUUUGGUGACAGAUUUUUUUUUAAGUUAAGCGACAGACUUUUGUAGCAGUUGCCAUAUAUGGCGAGAAUCUAGGGUUUACCCUUUUUUGCUCUUUUGUAUCGUGCCUCCCCUCCCCUAUAUCGACUGAAAUUUUUUUCUUUUUUUGGUUCAUCUUAUUUUUCCAUAAAUUCCUUCUUCCUCCUUUCCAAUGUGGAUUUAAUCAUGCUUUCUUCCUUUUGGGGUUCAUAAUCGACUUGUCUAUUAUUUUCCUUUUAAGGUGGUUUUUUUUUUUCAUUUCCUCCUUCACGUUUUAGAGUAAUUCACAUUCAACCAAGAGAAUAUGAAGCAGGUGAUUCUCGUUUGUGGUAAUUGGAUCUUUGACAACAAUAAAUGGUUGUUUGUUGUUGAUAAUGAAAGGGGUUCACGAAUUCUACAAUGUAACGAUCAAAGCAGAUUUGAUGAUUGCAUUGGAAUGGUUUAUGAGGAUUACAGGCUGGAUAACAAGGUAUUUGAUGUUGUCUUGAGUUACAAGAUCUCGAAGAGGUUAUUGCAGGACUUACCCGGUGAUACACCACCAGUUAUUAUUGAUAAUUCUCGUCAGUUGCACACUUUUCUGGGACAAUUGGAAAGGGAUACAGGUCGACUUUGUGUUGAAGUGAAGAAGAAAAUACAGACUGAUUUGAAUCACAUAGGUAAGAAACGAGGAAGAGAUGAAAAUGAUCAGGUUGGAGAAGAGUAUCUUGAUAUGGCCAGCGACACAAAUGAAGAAGAGAUGGAUGAAGAUGAUAGUAGAUUUGAUUAUUGUGAUGAUUCUGACGGAACAGAUUCUGAUGAUGAGAAUUUUACCCUGUAUGGAAUUCCACCAGAAGAAGAGGAUCAUAAAUUGCCAAUGAAGAAAAGGAGUUCAUCUUUUUAUAUUGAAGAAAAUAAGGAACCAGUUGAUGUCUCAAAGGUAGACUUGUCUUCUGUGAAUUUGGCUGUUGGGCAAAUGUAUGAUACAAAGGAGCACCUAAAAACACGUUUGAAGAUACUAACCUUGGUUCAAAGGUUUGAUUAUUAUGUUUACAAAUCGAGACCAACCUUAUUGAUUGUAAAGUGUUGGGUUAAAGGAUGCAAGUGGAGGGUAACAGCUGCAACAUUAAGACACUUUCCAAAGUUUGAGGUGCGUGUGUUUAUUUCAGCACAUACAUGUUCAGUAACAGAGCGCUCUAUGCGUGCCCGACAAGCAGAUCAUCAUAUUCUAGGAGAGUUGUACAAAGAUUUUGUUGGUGGAGUUGGUCCCAAGGUACUGCCAAUGCAUGUUGCUGAAGCGUUGAAUAAACGUUUUCAUAUCAAGAUGGAUUAUUGGAAAGCAUAUCGAACGUUAAGGCAUGCUCGCAAGUUGGUCAGGGGUAGUCCAGAGAGUGGUUAUGAGCAGCUUCCUACAUAUUUGUAUAUGAUAAAAAGGGCAAAUCCUGGAACUUUUACACAGCUUGAUGUUGAUGAAGCUCAAAGAUUUAAGUACUGUUUUCUAGCAUUUGGUGCAAGCAUACAGGGAUUUCCGUUUUUGAGGAAAGUGGUUGUUGUGGAUGGUACUUUUUUACAGGGAAAAUACUUAGGGACACUACUGACAGCAACAGCUCAAGAUGGCAAUUUUCAGAUUUUUCCUAUUGCUUUCGCCGUGGUUGAUACAGAGAAUGAUGAAUCAUGGGAAUGGUUUUUCAAGCAACUCAGCUGUGUGAUACUAGAUGAUGAAAGCCUUUCCAUUAUUUAUGAUAGGCAUCAAUCAAUUGGGAAAGCUAUUAAAAAGGUCUAUCCGAAGUCUAGUAGGGGAAUAUGUACAUACCAUAUGUACAAGAAUAUUUUGGUCCGGUUUAAAGGUCGAGCAGAAUUCGCUUUGGUUAAAAAGGCGGCGAAUGCUUUUAGACUUAUCGACUUUCAAACCACAUUUGAUCAGAUAGAAGCCAUGAAUCCAGCACUACAUGAGUACCUCGUGAGGGCUGAUGUGCGUAUGUGGACUCGUGUACAUUUCCCAGGUGAUAGGUACAACUUGCUUACAAGCAACAUUGCAGAAUCAAUGAAUAAGGUCAUGUCACAUGCUAGGAGCUUUCCUAUUGUACAACUGUUGGAAGAAAUAAGGUCCAUGAUGACUAGGUGGUUUUCUGAUAGAAGGACUGAUGCAUUGAAGAUGACAACAAACUUGACUCGUGGUGUAGAGAAAAUUUUCCAGGUCUGUUCGUUUCUAUCCUUUCUUAGCAAGUGUGUAUGUUAUACAACUAAGUUUCUAAUAUAAUGUCACAAUUAUUUUAUAGGGUCGUGUGGACUAUGCUAAGUUACUUACUGUCCAAGAUAUCGAUGCACACCAAGUACAAGUAACAAGUGGAACAUCUCUGCAUGUUGUCA